AUGUGGACUUCGCCGAAUUCUCAACCUGUUUUAGUCUUCAUUAUAUCCAAUUCCAACAUGACGGACAAAAAGACAGCAGCUACAUCAGCUACCAAGAAAGCUUCCGUUGCUACCAAAAAAACCGUUACAGCAACUCCAGCUCCAGCAAAAGCUGAAAAAGUAGAAGCAACCAAAAAACCAGCUGCUACUCCAGCAACUGCGCCAGCAACAACACCAGCUCCAGCUAAACCAAAGGCUACUGUACCAAGUACAAAGAAAACAACAUCCUCUUUGGCUAAAACGUCGACAAAAGUCACGAAAAAAUCGACAACAACAAAAGGUGGUGCUAAAAAGAAACACAAGGCUAUUAAAUAUUACAUCGAUUGCUCACAUCCAGUUGAAGAUGGCAUUUUUGAUCUCAAUGCUUUCGAACGAUUUUUACUUGAAAAGAUGAAGAUCAAUGGUAAAACAUCAAAUUUAACUGGCAAUGUUGGUAUCGAAAGAGCGAAAUCGAAAAUAUCUGUUACAUCCGAAAUUCCACUUUCAAAACGUUACAUGAAAUAUCUAACAAAGAAAUUCCUGAAAAAACAUGAACUUCGUGAUUGGUUACGUGUUAUUGCCAAUUCUAAAGAUGCUUACGAAUUACGUUACUUCAAUAUCAACCAAGAAGAAAAUGAAGGUGAAGAAGCUUAA